AUGGGAACCCGAUACACCGGUGAUAGCAAAGACCCGGCCGUGAAUUGUACGACUUGGUUUUGCUUGGUCGUCGUUUCACUGGCCAUCUUAGUACGGCUCUGGACAAAAUGGCGUCUCUACAGAGUCCUGAAGCUUGAUGACGGUCUAAUUACGCUUUCGCUGAUCUUUUGCAUCGGCCAGAGCCUUGCCAUCUCUCUGGCAGUAGCAUCAGGCUACGGAAAGCAUUUUAACAAAGUUUCUUCCUCGCAAUUUGAUGAGACUAUGAAAAACCUAUAUUCAGCUUCACUUCUCUACAUACUCUCCCUCUGCACGUCAAAGCUCUCCUUGGUUAUCUUUGUCCGCGGACUCACUCCGGUCUCAAGGGAUCAUUUGCUGGCUCGGAUCGUGGAAAUAUCCGUCGGUAUCUGGGCAGUUGUCGCAUUAAUAGGUACUGCCUUUCAAUGUGCUGUUCCGAGAACUUGGGAUUUCUGGAAUGGCAAGUGCUUCGAUUUAACUGCGUGGCAUUUUUUUCUCGCCUCGUCGAACAUCGCAACAGAUCUCUUGAUUCUCACGCAGUCUAUGCUCUUGAUAUACCGCGUCCAGACUAGCUUCACAAAGCGUUUAGGUUUUGCAUGCAUCUUUGUACCCAGAGCACUAGUGAGCGGAGCAAUCAUCGCUGAACUGUCCUUCAUACGAGCCACCACAAAUACGAGCGACCCUACGUACGACCUCUGCGAUAUAACAGUUAUACAAGAAGUAAUACAAUGCUUAAGCAUAACCACGGCAUGCUGGGGCCAACUGCGUCCAUUCAUCAAGUGGAUGAAAUCCAACGGCCUGCGGAUCCAGGGUGAAGGCCUUAGUCUCCUCGACACAAAUUCGAAAUCACAUCCAAGUUCAUUUUCGAGACAGAGAAGAACCGCUAAACGUGAAAGUUUCGCCCUCAAUUCACGACGAGAGGACUUGAUGGAGGAUUGGGAAUUGGAUAGUCAAUCAAGUCGUGUGCAAAUCAUCCCGGAGACGCGCCCGUGGACCGAAGGGACGCCAACUCAAGAACACCUUUAA